AUGUUACCGUCCAAGUUUAGCAAGACGGACAACGAGGAAAUGCUUGUGCGAGAUGUGGUGGAUAUAUUAAACAAGAAACGGACAAGCUCGUCAAAUGAGGAUAGAGAGGUGACACGUAUCGUGUUGCUUGGUGUGCGGCUAAACAACGACAUUCCAUUGAGCCGUGUUAUUUGUGAACUCGCAGGAAGUAAUCCACGCUUUGUUGUGAGGACACAAACACCAGAUUGGAUUACCAUGACCUAA